AUGGAGAUUUCGGGACGAUUUUGUGUCUACGUCCUAACGCUUUUGGUGGUAUACUUUUUGUCGCCGAUCACCGUACACUCAAUGAUCCGACAUUACAAAUUUAAUGUGGUUAUGACGAACACCACGAAGCUUUGCUCGUCGAAGCCUAUCGUCACCGUCAAUGGCCAGUUUCCAGGUCCCACCAUUGUUGCAAGAGAAGAUGAUACCGUUUUGAUCAAAGUAGUGAAUCACGUCAAGUACAACGUCUCCAUCCAUUGGCACGGAAUAAGGCAAUUGAGGACAGGGUGGGCAGAUGGACCGGCUUACAUAACACAAUGUCCUAUCCAGCCAGGACAUAAUUAUAUUUACAAUUUUACAUUGACGGGUCAACGAGGAACCCUAUGGUGGCAUGCUCACAUCUUGUGGCUCCGUGCUACGGUGCACGGGGCCAUUGUGAUCUUGCCUAAGCUCGGUGUCCCAUACCCUUUCCCUAAGCCUUACAAAGAGAAAACCAUUAUUCUUGGUGAAUGGUGGAAAUCGGACGUAGAAGAACUUAUAAACGAGGCUUCAAAUAUUGGAACGGCUCCUAUCGCUUCUGAUUCACAUACCAUCAAUGGUCAUUCAGGCCCCGUCUCCAAUUGUCCUUCUCAAAGUGGUUAUGGUUUACCAGUGAGACCAGGAAAGACAUAUAUGUUACGGAUCAUCAACGCAGCCUUAAACGAAGAACUCUUCUUUAAAAUUGCUGGUCACGAGUUAACCGUUGUGGAAGUUGACGCUGUUUAUACUAAACCGUUUAAAACCGACACAGUCCUUAUCGCUCCGGGACAGACUACUAACGUUCUCUUAACAGCAAACGCAAACGCUGGUUCCAAAUACAUGGUCGCGGCUACAACGUUUAUGGAUGCUCCAAUCUCAUUCGACAACGUUACUGCUACCGCCAUUCUCCACUACAUCGGCCACACCGUCUCCCAAUCGAGAAAAACAGUUCUUGCAUCGCUUCCACCGCAAAACGCAACGUGGGUUGCGACCAAAUUCACUAGAUCUCUCAGGAGCUUGAACUCACGCGAGUAUCCGACGAGGGUUCCGACCAAAGUUGACCACUCUUUGUUUUUCACGGUUAGUCUUGGCCUUAACCCUUGUCCGAGCUGCAACAACGGUAUUCGGUUAGUGGCUGGAAUAAACAACGUAACGUUUACCAUGCCGAAAACCGCUCUUCUCCAAGCUCAUUUCUUUAACAUUUCUAACGUAUUUACCGACGAUUUCCCGGCCAAACCUUCGAAUCCGUAUAACUAUACGGCACCAGUAAAUCGAAGCGUUAAUGCGGCGACGAUGAAAGGUACAAAGCUUUACCGGCUUCCAUACAAUGCGACCGUGCAAAUAGUUCUACAAAACACAGCGAUGGUUUUGUCCGAAAACCAUCCGUUUCAUCUUCACGGUUUCAAUUUCUUCGAAGUUGGUAGAGGUUUAGGAAAUUUUAACCAAAAAAAGGAUCCGAAAAAAUUCAAUUUGGUUGAUCCGGUAGAGAGAAACACCGUUGGAGUUCCAGCUGGUGGUUGGACUGCCAUUAGAUUCAUCGCCGAUAAUCCAGGGGUAUGGUUCAUGCAUUGUCACUUGGAAAUCCAUACAACUUGGGGAUUAAAGAUGGCUUUUGUCGUCGACAAUGGUCACGGCCCUGACCAAUCACUGCUUCCUCCACCCGCCGAUCUUCCCAAAUGUUAG